AAUCAUAAGGAUGUCCUAGUUGUUGUUGACUCCAAUGAUUACCCGGCACUGUUAGAAUAUCUCCAAGGAGGGCAGAAAGACCAACACUUCAGAAGGAGACUUGCUUGGAAGGCUUUUCAGCACGUUGCUUCUUAUGAUUCUGCAGUUGCAGAAUGGUUGUGGAAGCAGACUGAAGGAGAUAAGUUUCCUCUCAGCAUGACAAUACCUUUGUCCCACAAGACUUCACUCCGGUAUGGAGAAAAUCCUCAUCAGAAGGCUGCAUUCUAUGUUGACAAGUCUCUCGCGGAGGUCAAUGCCGGUGGCAUUGCCACCGCCAUUCAACACCAUGGAAAGGAGAUGUCAUAUAAUAAUUACUUAGAUGCCGAUGCAGCUUGGAAUUGUGUGUGCGAAUUUAGUAAGCCAACUUGUGUGGUUGUGAAGCACACUAAUCCCUGCGGAGUGGCAUCACGUGAUGAUAUUAUUGAAGCAUAUAGACUGGCUGUGAAAGCAGACCCAGUUAGUGCGUUUGGUGGCAUCGUAGCUUUCAAUGUUGAAGUUGAUGAGGCCCUCGCUAGAGAUAUUAGAGAGUUUAGAAGUCCAACAGAUGGCGAGACUCGUAUGUUUUAUGAGAUUGUCGUUGCUCCUAAGUACUCAGAGAAGGGGCUUGAAGUACUUCGUGGAAAGUCGAAAACUUUGAGAAUACUCGAGGCUAGUAAAAAUGACAGAGGAAAACUCUCUCUAAGACAAGUUGGUGGUGGAUGGCUGGCUCAGGAAGCAGAUGAUCUGACGCCAGAAGAUAUCAACUUCAAUGUCGUCUCUGAGAAGGGUCCUCAGCAAAAUGAGUUUGAAGAUGCUCGAUUUGCAUGGCUUUGUGUAAAGCAUGUGAAGAGCAAUGCGAUUGUUAUUGCAAAA